UUUGAUGCAUGGUGUUAUCAACAACCCUACAUAUAAAGUUGAGGCCGUUCUGUUACUGAUUACUCGGUCUCGCGAUUUUUAAUCCAAAAUACCAAAGAAAAUGCAGGACCUGAAGCAACCGGACUCCUUGCGUCUGCCAAACGGUGACGCAUCCUCUGGGGAAGAGGUCAAGUCGCCGUUCCUCAUCGGCGUGGCCGGAGGCACCGCUAGCGGGAAGUCCACGGUGUGCAAAAAGAUCAUGGAGCAACUCGGACAGGCGGAGAUGGAUCACACGCAGCGCCAGGUGGUGGCCAUCAGCCAGGACAGCUUCUACCGCGAACUAACGCCCGCGGAAAAGGCCAAAGCCCAGAAGGGGCUGUUCAACUUUGACCAUCCGGAUGCCUUCAACGAGGAGCUGAUGUACGCCACGCUGCAGAACAUUCUCAAGGGGCACAAGGUGGAGAUACCCAGCUAUGACUACCGCACCAAUUCAUUAGACUUUGAAAACAUGCUGGUCAUCUACCCAGCCGAUGUGGUGCUGUUCGAAGGCAUUUUGGUCUUUUAUUUCCCAAAAAUACGUGACCUCUUCCACAUGAAGCUCUUCGUGGACACCGACUCUGACACCAGAUUGGCCAGACGAGUGCCACGUGAUAUCAAUGAGCGUGGGCGUGAUUUGGAUGCUGUGCUCACCCAGUACAUGACCUUUGUGAAGCCUGCCUUUGAGGAAUUCUGCUCGCCGACGAAAAAGUUUGCUGACGUUAUUAUACCGCGAGGCGCCGACAACACAGUUGCCAUUGAUCUUAUUGUACAUCAUAUCGGGGAGAUUCUCGCCACCACCAACAGCGCACAGCACAACAACACAGUCAGGGUAGCGUCGUCCAGCAUGAAGCGAGAUCACUAAACGCAAAGUAAAUCGCUUCUGGGCCGGCCAACUUCCAACACGUCCCCAAGCUUGUACUAAUUGCCAAAAAAAAAACAGAAACAGAAACCCAAAUAGCGACAAUUCAGACGCAGCGGCGCAACCUCCUAUUUCGAAGCGCCGGCAUCGCUUCUCAUUCGGUCUACACACCGUAGCCGAUUAACGUAGCUCUAAGAUUAAAAAGUAUCUUUAUACCUAGCUGUAUCUACUUUCAUAUGUUCAACAAUACAUGGUAGUGUGUAUGUAAGAUCGUUUCUGCUCAUUAAGUUAACCCAAACUGCGUUUGCGCUCCCAGUCUAACACUGGUCCUAAUAUUUAGCAAAAUUAUUAAGUUAAUAUCCACCCUUUGGUCUAACCUUAAUCCCAGCUUCGGGUACUUUAGAGGGGUCACAAGCACUCUACUCACAAACACAUAUGUCACACAUCUAACUAUUGUAUCUAUGUUCCGAUGGCCGAUACUUGUUAAUAAGUAAUUCAAUUACCUCUAAUCUGAUUUUGAUGACAACUUCAUUGAGUUUUGGAUCAUUUUCUUUUAAAAGUUACAACUUCUUAGCUUAUUUUGAAUUAAUAAGACGUUAAUUGCAUACAGUUCAUAUGGUAUAGCUUUUUAAGAUUAAAAUUAUCUUCAAAUAUUAAGCCUAAGCACGUUUCAAUUCCUUAAAGUUUGAAAAUAGAGGUACUUGGUUUAUGAGAAUACUUACUAUAAUCUUUAAAUCAUUCCGUAAGUAUCGGGCAUCUCGAAAGUCGACACCCACGACCAUUUUUUUCUACUUUAAACUAUUAACUUUAUAAAAUAUCUGUCUAAAAUAUAAAAAUGCAAGAUGUUCAGACUAUUGCCCAGCAAUGUGUGAAGCUAA